AUGGCCAUCCUCAAGGAUGUGCUCUUCAAGCUGGAUCGGUACGCGGCGCGCGAAUUGCCGGAGCUGGUCUCCGUCUUGCAUCACAUGACUUGGAAUGACAAGCAGCUGUUCAAGAUCGUCGAGCCGCGCUUGCUGCACGAGCUGCCAUCCGUGAGCCUGGAAGACAUCCCCCGCAUCGCCGAGAGUUUCGUGGGCGUGGGAUGUGGAAGCCGGAUGCUGUUCCAAGAGAUGAUACACUUGAGCCUCCAGGCAGCGCGACACUUCACUCCCCAGCAGGUGGCUUCCCUGGUGGCCUCCUUCUCGAAGUCGCCCUACAAGCCGAAGGCAUUCUUGAUGAGUUUCUGCCCGACCGUGGCCGCCAACCUGCAUCAUUUCGAUGCCUUGCAGCUCACGAGAGUGGUCGUCGCGUACUCGGAAUGGCCCGGGGAGGUCUCCACAGACUUCAUGGAGCAAGUCAUGGAGGUGCUCUGCUUUGGGAGCGAGGCCAUGACCCUCCAGGACAUGCCCGCUCCGAGCUUGGUCGCCGUCCUGCGGGCGCUGGCGCUGUGGCGGAGUCGCUCCAAGUCGGUGCGGGAGCAUCCGGCCGCAUGCCAGCGGCUCUUUUCUUCGACCUUUUGCUUGGCUGCGGCGCCGCUCUCGUCUGGCUGCCACGAGCUCACCGGGGAGGAGCUGGCACAGGCAAUGUGGGCCUACGGCAGGACCCGGUACGUGCCAACAAGGCUCUUUGCGGAGCUCUACAAUGGCGUGCGAAGGUCUUUCAAAGUCCUCUCCCUGCCAAGCUUGGCGUCCUGCUUGCUCAAUUCCGGUCGGGCGCUAUCUGGGCAGCUCCGAUUCUGGGAUGACUCCGAGCCGGUGGUGGUGUUGGAGGGCGGCGUCCGCAUGCCCAAGCUGGAGAAAACCUCCUUCUCCGACCGCCAGCUUCUGACCGAUGCGGAGACCCUGGUGGUGAGGCGUUUGGGUGGCGUCAUUCCGCGGGAUCUGGCCUCGGUGGUCCUGGGUUACAGCCUGGCGCACGCGGGAUCUGCGGAGCUCUUCUCGGUGCUCCAGAGGGCAUGCCUAGAGCGCUGUCCGCAGUUCCCCCCGGAGCAGAUGUCCCGCUUGCUCUGGAGCUUCGCGACGGUCCGCCUCGGGCCCGCCCUCGCCAAGGAGGCUCAGGUCGACCUCCUCGAGUGCCUCCCGCAGCUUACGGCGCCGGCCGUCAGCGACCUGCUCUGGGCCUACUGUGCGCUGCGCCACCGCGAUCCCCAUUUUUUCAAGGCCCUCCUGGGCGUCCUCUCGCCCAGCACGGUGGCCAACAAUCCACGCUGUGCGCAACUCUGCCCGGCACUCCUGGACAUCAGGAUCCAUUUCCCGGAGAUGGAUCCUGAGGGCCUAGGCCGCUACCUGAGUUACGUGCAGCCGACCUUCUUGGCCUCCCAGCGCCGGAUAGCCGCGGCCGCAAGCGCGGUCGCGGACGUGACGAAAGCGCUGGAAUCCUUGGGCAUGCGGGGGCGGGCCUACGCAGAGGUAGACGGGUACGUGGUGGAUGUCUUGGUCUCAGCCGAGGAUGCCGGUUUGGCGAAGCCCGCCAUCCAGCAAGUCCGCAAUGUUACUGCGCCGUGGUUCUGCGACGUCUGUGCAAAGAAGCACGGUGGCUCGCAAAGCAGUUGUUGCGGCUGCUUCCCUGGCUACGUGGCCAUACUGGCAAACCUGCAGAUGCAGCUGUGGAAUUUCCGGGCGUUCCGGCAAGCAGAUGCGAAGGCGUUGUCGAAUGCCACGGAGGCGAUGUGGAGAUACCGCCUCAAGCUGCGCCCCGGCAAAGACUCUGCCUUGGCCCGAGCAGCCUUUCGCGAAAGGUUCGGCACUGCCCAGGAUUACCUGACCUGGAAGGGGCGACGCGCCCUGUGCUUUCUGGACGAGACAUGCCUCGAGCAACCCGAGGCCCAUGCGCUCGACAUCGCGAUCGACCUUCUUACCAUCUUCAGGCUGACGCAAACCGUCCCCAGUUACAAGCUGCAGGUGGAGAAUCACAACGUUUGCCUCCUGGACAUCUGGGCCGGAAAGUGCGAGAAGAGCAACCUGCCCAUCUUCGAGCACUUUCCGGCUGUACAGGGGCCAUCGCUCGAGGGCUACACCCUCGACUUCCUCGGUGUGACCGAGCCCCUCCUUGACUGCGCGAUCCUUGAGACGAAGCUGCGCCGCUUCGCGCCCGUGCGAACGAUGCCGUGCAAGUACCUGGAGAUUUGUCGAAUCGACGAAGGACUUGCCUAUAUCGGCGAAGAACUUGCCUAA